AUGGCAAGAGCUAAAUCAAUGUUAUUUACGUCCCAUGGAAAUACUCCUCUCAAUCGAAUCGCUACGAUUGAGGAAAAUCAUCGGGAAUCCUCUCAUUGGAAGUCUCCUCCAGAAAGUUGGAUACAAUUUAACACUUAUGGAUCCUGGAACCCGAAUUCCAGCAAUGAGGGGAUGGGUUUGAUUAUCUGCGACUCAAAACACUCAUUCAUACUAGCUGAAUCAACUGACUUAGUUUGUUUAUCUGCGGAAGAAGCAGAAGUGCAAGCAAUUAGAGAGACGCUAAGGAUAACUUUGAUUAUGAAAGAUGAGAAAGUUAUCGUGGAAGGUGAUGCAGCUGGAAUUAUUGAUCAGAUUAACAAGAAAAGCUUUCUAGGGGAUCUCCGCACUCAUCUUCUUUUCGAAGACAUCAGAACCUUGAGUCUGAAAUUUAAGUUUCUCUCUUUUGUUUAUGUUAACCGUUUGGGAACAAUGUACCUCAUGAAUUGGCACAAUGGGGUGAAAAAAAUGCCGACCAUGUGGUGUUGA